AUGGCCAAAAAAGGUGCUCCAGAAAGCUCCGUGGACACCACGGCAGCUGUCGACUCGGCCCAGCAAAAGCAAGCCAUGUUGCUCGCUCAGGACACGGGCCACUUUAGCUUGAUCAAAGCUAUGCACCUUGCUGAUGCAAUCACUCUCGGAAAUGGUCUCUCAGGCUUCAUGUCGAUUCUCUCCUCACUCAAGUACUGCUCGGGCAGCCCCGCGGAUACUCUCAAUUUGUGGCUCGCAUUCGGCUUCAUCCCUUUCGGCCUCUUUUUCGACUUCUUCGACGGCAAGGUUGCAAGAUGGAGGAACAAGUCUUCUUUGAUGGGCCAAGAGCUGGACUCUCUCGCAGACUUGGUCACUUUCGGCGUGUCGCCCGCUGCAGCGGCAUUCUCGAUCGGCUUUCGGACCCCUGUGGAUCAGCUACUGCUCACCUUCUACGUUCUGUGCGGCUUGACCAGGUUGGCCAGGUUCAAUGUCACGGUUGCCAUGCUUCCUAAAGACAAGACGGGCAAGUCAAAGUACUUCGAAGGCGUCCCAGUCCCCUUCGCCUGCUUUGCUACUUGCGCCGUCACCGCUACCUGGUCCUACAUGGGCCUUAUCCACGAUAAGCUACCUUUCGCGACGGUGCUCACUGGCAGUUUCCUCGAAUACCACCCAGCAGUCCUGGUUUUUGUGGUAAUGGGAUGCUCAAUGGUCAGCAAAACCAUCAAGAUUCCGAAGCCCUAG